UCCCUCCGGAGGGGUCACUACCGAAUCCGAGUCCCGUGAGAUAGAGAGAGGAAGUUCCUGUUUCUGCUUCGAUUCCUGUAUCCGCUUCGAAACCUACAGCUGCUUUGUAUUCUCUUCCAAAAGCAGUUGGAAAAUCUUCCGUAAAUUCCAUCUUCAGAUUCCUUUCUCAUCUCAGAUUGCGAUCUAAGAUUUCAGCAAUUCAAGCUCGGAUCACUUUGCCGAAGAUGAACGACCUUCUAACGGAUUCCUUUGAGAUCCCUCGAGGUCAGACUUCAAGGGAUGGAGAUAUUGAAUUAGGAUCACAACUUACAACGACUUCUGGAGAACUCGGGUUUGAAGGUUUCUUCAAACAGGUUCAAGAGAUUGAGAAACAAAUUGACAAGGUUUCUAAGCUACUGAAAAAGCUCCAGGAUGCAAAUGAGGAGUCAAAGGCUGUAACCAAGGCUUCUGCAAUGAAAGCAAUCAAGCAGCGCAUGGAGAAAGAUGUAGAUGAAGUGGGGAAAAUUGCGCGUUUUGCGAAAUCAAAACUUGAACAACUUGAUAGAGAUAAUCUAAAUAAUAGGCAGAAGCCUGGAUGUGGAAAGGGAACAGCAGUAGACCGAUCGAGAAUGUCAACGACUCUUGCGUUGAAAAUGAAGUUGAAAGAAAGAAUGUCUGAAUUUCAGACUUUAAGAGAAACUAUCCAUGAAGAGUACCGAGAGGUCAUUGAGAGAAGGGUUUUCACAGUGACGGGAACAAGAGCUGAUGAAGAGACUAUUGACCGGUUGAUAGAGACUGGGAAUGGUGAGCAAAUAUUCCAGAAAGCAAUUCAGGAACAAGGCCGUGGACAGGUAAUGGACACCUUGGCGGAAAUCCAAGAGCGCCAUGAUGCGGUGAGAGAUUUAGAGAAGAAGCUUCUUGAGUUGCAUCAGAUCUUCCUAGAUUUGUCAGUGUUGGUGGAGGCGCAGGGCGAAAUGUUGGACAACAUCGAAUCACAGGUAUCUAGCGCGGUGGACCAUGUGCAAUCUGGUACAACAGCACUCCAAAAGGCGAAGAAAUUGCAGAAGAGCUCUCGGAAGUGGAUGUGCAUAGCAAUUAUCAUACUUCUUCUCAUUGUUGUUAUUACCGUUGUGGCUGUCAUCAAGCCAUGGAUCAAAAAGGGUGCAUAGUCUUCUGUAUUCUAUCAUAAUAACAAAUAUCAGAUCUCCUAGGAGUGAGCAAAAUAUUUCUAUACACAUUAUAUUCUGUAUGCUGCUUUGUCGCUUUUUUUUCUUUUUUAAUUUUUUUUUUUUUAAAUUUUUUUUGCCACAUCAAUGUGCCUUACCAGGGAAAAGAAAAAGAAGAAGAUGUUAUGAUGAAAUGUGAACCUUCAAUUUUUCCGGAAAUGAAUCUUUGUUUUUUUACAAGUGUAAAUGCUCAAACAAUUUCUUCAUGCAAUUUCCAAAGGAGGGCCUGUUUGGUUGCUUGGGAAAGAUUUCCUUUGUUCCAUGGUAAUCCGCACGUGAAGUAUAAUUUCUGCUUGCUUGACUUCACUCUUGGUUCUUUUUCUUUUAGCCUCGGGAGAAGUUUGUAAUUUGGUUUGUUGGCUUGACCUUAGAUUGAUCAUGACUGUUGAUGAAUGCAGAAAGGUUGGUACCUAUUGCUCACGCUGUA